AUGGCAGAAGAAAUAAUUUUUUUUCAUCUCUUUAAUUGAAAGCUUGAGCUUAAGACCUAUAUGUGCAUUUUGCAAGAGAGUUUGAAAUCUUACCAGAAAAUUUUGAUCAAUAAAGACCCUUUAAAAGUGCUUUGACUCUCGACCAAAGCCAUGGAGAACUUGUUGAUUUCUCAAAUGCUGAAUGCUUUUAUGUUAACCCCAGGAGCUCAGGAGUGAUUUACAUUGACAACAAUUGCUCUCAGCUAUCAUUAA